AGCGUUCUCCGGAAGAACACUCGGCCUACCCAACUGUACCUGUGCUCUCCAAGAGGAAUAACACAACACAAGGAAGAAAUGGCAGCAGUAACACUUGCAGGGGCUGCUGAAGGGCGAUGUUCCUCACACAGAUGCCAGUGUGCUCUGCAUUGGGGCUGGAUAACAGUAGCCGUCGCCUUCAUGGCUUUAUUCAUUUCACUCGGGACCUUCUACUCUUCGGGGAUAUUCUAUAUUGUGUGGCUGGAGCAGUUUGAGGGUGGGAGUGGAAAAACAUCUUGGAUUGGUUCCAUUGUAAUCGGCAUGGUUAGCUUAAUGGGUCCAAUAGCCGGUAUGGCGACCAACAAGUGGGGAUACCAGAAGGUCGUGUUCCUAUCCGGGCUCAUCAUCAGUGGUGGUCUCAUCGGGGCAGCCUACUCGCCAGGAAUAUACACCCUCAUGGUAUCAUACGGAGUCAUAGCCGGCGUUGGUUAUGGUCUGAUGUACUCUCCUGCCGCUACCAUCGCCGUGUGGUACUUCGAGGAGAACUGUGGCCUGGCUCUUGGUAUCGCCACUUGCGGCGGAGGCUGCGGAACAUUCCUUAUGCCCCUUGUCAUCGAGGCCUUAAUGGAGGCCUACGGAUGGAGGGGCUGCAUGCUCAUUCUCGGAGGUCUGAGUCUCAACAUCUCAGUUUGUGGCGCCCUCAUGCGAACGUUACCAAACAUGCCGCAUAAGAAUCCUCAAAAACGGACCAGUAUAGCUCAGUGGGAUGUCUUUAAGAAUCCUGCCUUUAUAGUCCAUCUCGUCCACCAUUUGUUAUUCUCAGUUGCCAUGUCUGUGACGUAUGUUCACUUGGUUGCUGUUGUUGAGAAGGCGACUGGUGUCCAUGGCUUGGAGAGUUCCAUGGUUAUGGUUAUGUUCGGAUUGGCCAAUUUCAUUGGACGCUUCGCCCAGGGUGCCUUCGCCAACACUGGGAAGAUGGACGUCGUCACGCAAUAUUCCAUAUCCUAUCUAAUAUUCGGUGCAACCGUCAUAGUCGUCCCGCACGUGACUAUAUACGGCCUUCUGUUGUUCAUUUCGUUCAUCUUGGGCCUCACGUCUGCCCCCUGGGGUGUGCUUCUGCAACUAGUGGUGACGGAAAUCGUCGGGAAGGACCGGAUGGUGGCAGCAUACGGGUACUCAUGGUUCGCGUCCGGGAUAGGAUUUGUUUUUGGCGCACCGAUCGCGGGCUGGUUGCUAGACGCGACAAAAAGCUACGACACCUCCUUAUACUUUGGAGGAAGUUGCGUGAUCUUAUCAAUUCUCAUUAUGGGCAAGUUUUGGUACGAUAGAUGCCGGCGGCCUCCAAAGGCGGAAAGUGAAGUUAUACCAGAAGUGACGCCAGCAAGUAAUCUGACGCUGAAUAAACUAGGCAUGAUCUACGCCUCAAUCGAUGGGUUGGCUGCAAGCCACGCUUCAGUUAACAGAUUAGCUGCAAGCCAUGCUUUGGUAAAUGGAAUUGCGAGAAGCCAUGGCUCAAUCCGAACCUGUGACGCAGAAUCAACUAUCAGUGACCUGGAUGCAAAUACAACGAGGACCGAAAGUGCUAGUUUUUUAAUGAAAGCGUGUGUUGUUGAUGAUCAAACUCCCUCCUGAUGAGGGCACUAACAGUCUUCGAAGGCAUGUAGGAUUGCUCAGGGAAGGAACUUUUAGGUUGACCUUGCAGACCUUGCAGUCUUCGCUGGUCGACUUGGCAUCGACCAGCGUAGAAGUGCACUCACACGAUGUCAAUCUGCAAAUGAUGAUGUGCCAAUGAAGUGUGUGGUGAUUGAUUCAUUAGAUGUCGCGGUAAGACAUACAAACCAUGUGAUGUGAUGCUCAAUAUAUUUUGUGUAGUAAUGUACUUUUCUAUGGCCUGCACAUCAACAUUCCAUUGUGACUGCAUCAGUGUUUGGAUCCGCCCCUGUCUACAGGCGAUGAAGGAGGGGGCUGACGAACAAAUGAAUCGCCACGAGUAAACCAUAUAUUUUUAACCAACGUUAAAAAAGAACGAGCAUUGUGUGUCAAAACAUUGAGAGUCAAUUUGCCUUCCCU